GUCAUCCCUUUGGUCUGUAGCUCUUUUGUGUAAGUGCCUGGCAAGGGUGACGUGGGUUCUUUCUGCAGGCACAGCUGCAGCCCUGCUGGGGUGGAGGCAGGUCCCGGGAAGCACUGCCCUCCCAGAUCCUCCCUUCAGGCUGCUCAGUGGUAGGGGACAUGCACCCUGCUCACCCUGACCCCACUGUGGGGGUUCUCUGUCCCCAGUAGCAGUGAGAUGGCAAGUGUACUGAGCUGCUCUCUGCCCAGCUGCCUCCCCUCCCUCCUCUUUUUCCUCCUCCUCCAGACGUCUGUCAGCUACGCAGGACAGUUCAGAGUGAUCGGACCAGGACACCCUAUCCGGGCUCUUGUGGGAGACGAAGUAGAACUACCAUGCCGCCUAUCUCCUGGGAAGAAUGCUACAGGAAUGGAGGUGGGCUGGUAUCGCCCCCCUUUCUCCAGGGUGGUUCAUCUCUACAGAAAUGGCAAAGACCAAGAUGGAGAGCAGGCCCCAGAAUACCGGGGCCGGACAGAACUGCUGAAAGAAACUAUUGGUGAGGGUAAGGUCACCCUCAGGAUCCGGAAUGUAAGAUUCUCAGAUGAGGGAGGUUAUACCUGCUUCUUCCGAGACCACUCAUACCAAGAGGAGGCAGCGAUGGAAUUGAAAGUGGAAGAUCCCUUCUACUGGAUCAGCCCAGGAGUGCUAGUCCUCAUUGCUGUACUGCCCAUGCUCCUCCUGCAGAUGGCCGUGGGUCUCAUCUUCCUCUGCCUGCAGCACAGACUCAGAGGAAAACUUCGAGCAGAGAUAGAAAAUCUCCACCGGACUUUUGAUCCCCACUUUCUGAGAGUGCCACCCUGGAAGAUCGCUCUGUUUGUAAUUGUGCCAGUUCUUGGACCCUUGGUUGCCUUGAUCAUCUGCUACAACUGGCUCCAUCGAAGACUAGCAGGGCAAUUCCUUGAAGAGCUGAGAAACCCUUUCUGA